AUGGACCUUGAGGCUGUUCUUACCCUCUUCGAUUCAUGCUGGUUUAAUCUCGAAAUUCUCAAUAAACAUUCAAAUCCAAUCCCAUUAUUGAAUUACCAGAAAACCCCAGAUAACAAAAUUCAAGAAAAUUUAGCAGAAACUGUAUAUGAUUCACCAAAAUUAGAAAUCAAAAUAGAGUCACAGAGUGAUGAUUUGAGCUACGAUUCGGAUUCUUUUUCACCAGAUUCAGUUCUCCCAGUAACCCAUUUUCAACCCUUUUGUAAAAAUGCAGAAUCGAAGAAAGUAAAGGGUAGAAGAAGGGAAUUAAGGAGAAGAAGAAGAAGAAGCGAAAAGUGUCUUGGCAAGAGCUUAUCGGAGCUUGAAUAUGAAGAGCUAAAAGGGUUUAUGGAUCUUGGAUUUGAAUUCUCAGAAGAUGAUGUAAAUUCAAGUUUGGUUGAGAUUAUUCCAGGUUUACAGAAAUUAAGCAAAAACAGGGACAGUGAUGAUGAUAAGCAAAAAUUGAAUUUUGUAAAAAAAUCUGAUCAGUUAAGAGCAAGACCUUAUCUUUCUGAAGCAUGGGAAGUUGUUGAAACGAAGAAGAGAAUGAAUCCAUUGAUGAAUUGGAAGGUACCAGUCAUGAGCAAUGAAAUUGACGUCAAACAUAAUCUCAAAUUGUGGGCUCAUACUGUUGCUUCCACAGUAAAAGCAUAA